GAUAGUAACACGGUAUUCCAUUAUCAUCACGAAUGGCGAUAUUAUGUUAUUUUGAUGUUGUGUCUUGGGAAAAUAUUAUGUACUCCUCAUAUUUUGAGGAUAGUGGAGAUAAUGGCACAGCUCGUAUAAAUUAUACGUGGGUACACGAGACGCGAGUGACAAGACCUCCUCAGUUUGGGUUUUCCAAAAUAAUAUUUUGUAUCAAACUAUGAGAACUUCAAACAAAAAUCGUACAAAAACUUAUAUUAUCGUUCGGAUAUGGUAAAUUAAUAUUAGCCAAAGUGUUUAUUUACUAUCAAGGAGUACCUACGCGAAACGAAUGACCGUGAUUCAAUAAUGGAUAUUGAUCCGAUUAUAGUAUCUACAAGCUUAGAAGCUUUAAUUGGUGAGUGGAAAUUUCACAUCAGUUCCUACAACAAUUAAUAACAUCGAAUAUUAUUACGAAUACAUUAACACACGUUUAAAUUAAUUUUAAGAUAAGACCUUUAAAAAAUAAUAAUAAUGUUAAUGACUAAUAAUUAUAUCACUUACCCAGUAAUAAUCACUAGAGUACAUAAUUUAAAUGAGUACCUACAUUAUAUGAUAAGUUGAACUGUAUAUUUUAAUAUUAUUAUGUUUUAAAUUUGUUAACAGUGUUUUACUUAAUAAUUAUCUUGGUAUUUAUUGGUUUAGUUUAUUGAAAUAUUCAUCUGAACCAUAGACCUAAUAGUCAUUACUAUUAACCGCUCUUGACUGCAAUAUCUGUGUUCAAUCUCUAUCCCUGUUGAAAACAUUUAAUUUUAUUAUUUUGAAGAUUUCAGUACUUAAUAAAUUUAUUUGUGUUUCACUGAUAUUAUUUAUUGGUACCUACAAUGUAUAUUUAAAAAAAAAUCAUUAUUCUUGUCUAUUACAAAUUAAUUUUUAUUAUUAAUGGAUUUUACCUAAAACUUAUUUUAAAAUUAUACCAAUACUAACAAUUCUAUUUAUCAAGACUAUUUACCUACAUAUAUUUAAUUAAACGGAUAUUACACUAUUAAAUUUGAUUGUACUUCAGUAAUCUAUAUUCAAUUAUUUAUCAGAACAUUUUAUAUUACCUAGAUAUAGUAAAAAAAAAAACUUUUUAAAUACUAAAUGUCUAAUUCUUUUUAUCUUAUUAAAAAACCAUCUCAAAAUAUUAUUUAUUAUUUAUACCUACUUAUAGGUAUAAACAGGUAUAGUACCUAUAUAAGUAUUUACAUUUUUACAAUACUAUAUUUGUAUGUAAUAUGUACCUAUAUUUAUUUUAUUUUUCCAAUAAUACUGAUUAUAUUUGACCAUUUAUGUGAAGUUGCAAAUAAUAAUACACUGCCAUUUGACUAUUAAUAAAGUAUAUGUAUGCAUUUGUAUAGUCUUAUUUGCCUAUGUAAUUUGUUUUAACAUACUUACCAUGAAUACAAACACAAUGAUGAUACUUCAGUAAUGCAAAAAAUGCCGUAUCCAACUGGGCACAACAUGACUAAUGUAAAUAAUAUUACGCUAUUAUAAAUGUAUUUUUAGAAGUGUCUAGCGACUUAAAACGUUGUGUCAUAAAUUCAUCUAAAAAAGUUUUCUUAAGAAAGUUCACCAACCAAUUAUUAAUAAAUGAGUAAUAAUAUUCACUUAAUUGGUGAACUUCUGAAUUUUAUAAUAAAUCCUUCAGUUAAACUAUGUGGCACUUCCAAAAAUGAAUAGCCUUUAUUUUAUUGUUUAAAUGAUGGCUAUCAUGUCUUUUCUUUUUUUAAAAAACUAACCAAGGCAUGUUAAAUUAACAAAUCCCUAGAUGCUUCUGUAUACUUUUUAUAACUAAUUAUACAUAAAUUAAUAAUGGUGUUUUUAAUAAAUAUUUGUGUUGUUUGUAUUUUAAUAUAUUAAAUUUUCUUUUUUAGUAUACAUGUAUAUUAAAGUGCAGUUUAAAGAAAAUUAAUAUUUUAUCCAAAGAAAAGGAAAAUAUCAACUCCAAAUUGACAAAAAAGAAGAAAGUAAUUUAGAAAUAUUUAAUAAUAAAAAUUGGAAUUUAUAAUACAAAAAAUUACAUAUACAUUUUUAAAAUCAGAGGUAUAGAUAAAUCUGUAUUUUAAAAUGUUAAUCAAGGAGCUGAUUUAUAUUUCUGCACGAUUUCUAGAAAUAUCAAAAUUAUACAACAAAACAUUUAAUCCAACCACAAUUCAGUUGAAAUAGAUGUGUAAACCAGAAGGAAAAACCAUGCAUAUUUUAAAACUAAAACAUUGUUAACAUUUGUAAAAAACCUAAUUAGUUUAAAUAUUAUUGAAGUAAUCAUAAAUUGUUAAAUUUUUAUAAAUAAGGUGUUACCUAGGUGUAAAUAUCAACACUGUUCAAAAGUCUCAAUUUAAUUUUUAUAAACAAUUCAAGUUUUUAAAAAAAUGAAUUGUUUAUUAAACCAUAGAUUUAAACAGCAUUACAAUAUUGCAUCAUGCUGCUUAUAUUUUGUUGAUUACAUACAAUAUAACAAAUCAAAAAUAAUUCUAAAUUACAAACUAAUUAUAAAUUAAUACUAAAUUAACAUCAAUGUGGAUAAUACAAAACUUAUAUUUUAUUCUUCUUGUAAAAAUAUAUUUAUUUGAACAAAUUGAGUUGAUUAAAAAUGUAUGUUAUCAAGAAUCAAGAAGAACUUUAUUAUUAUUUUAUAUAAACAAGUAAAUUUGAUCAAUGUUUUGAAAAUGAAAUAGUUAUAUCAUUACAGUAUAAUUAAGUAUUAAAUUUUAUUUUAAAAAUCAAAAUGAUUAAUGAUUUGUUUGUCAAUUUUCAAUGUCAUAAAGAUCAAAAGUUUUACAUUAUUUUUUAUGAAAUACUUAGAACUAAACAUAAAAUACAAAACUUGGUUAUUGAAUUAUUGUUUUAUUUACAAAACACUAUUUUGGCCUAUGCUGAAAAGAAGAAGUAGAAGCUUUUAUGUAAAUGAUAUAAUGCAGACUAUUGUAGAAACUAUCUACACAUUUUAGAAAUUGCAAGCUGACUUCAAGUAAUGCUUACACAAAAUAAAUCAACAUCUAACAUGGUGACAAAUAUUGGAUGAAUUUUCAGUUAAAAGAUACUCGAGAGAUUAUAUUCCAUCAUUUAAUGAAUUAAAUUAUAACAUUUUGUUUAAAAAAAGUUUCUUUUAACAAUUAUUUGAUGUUUAAAAUAAUAAUUGAAAUGUUCAUAAUUGUUCAAAUCCUAUAAUUCAAUAAAGCUAAUAAUAUGUUUUUGUCUUUUAUAGAAAGAGCAACAAAAAAUAGCAACAAAAAAAUUGACACUGCAGCAAUGAUUGCUUUUAGUGGAUUCGUACAAAGAGAUCCGGAAUGUGCUCCUUUAGCUGCAAAAUGUAUUUUGGCUAAAAUUCAUUCAAUGCAAGAAUGGGAAGCUUUACAAGCUCUACACGUAUAUAUUAAUAGAAUACUGUAAUUUAAAUUCUAAAUUGUUUUAUAAUAAUAUGUGUAUCAGUUAUUAGACAUAUGCAUGCAAACUGGGAGUGUCAGUUUUCAAGCUGAAGUUGGCAAGUACCGUUUUAUUAACGAACUCAUACAUCUAGUAUCUCCCAAUCGCAAUGGAAUACACACACAUGAGUUAAUUAAAAAUAAAAUAGUUGAACUCCUUAGAACAUGGUCAUUACAGUUUCCAAAAGAAAUUACGAUCAUUGAAGCUUUAGAUACAUUAAAAAGACAAGGUGUUAUAAAGGUAAUUGGCCGAUAUAUUUAAAUUAUAAAAUAUUUCUCUGUGCUGUAUUAUUGUUUGUUCUGUUAUAGGAUUUAUUAUUUGAAAAUACUCCACAAUCCAAGUCUUCUGCUUCAAAAAAUGAAACUAAUAAAAUGUCAAUUUUAAAUGGAGAAAAAUCAUUAUUGUUACAAAAGUUACUUAAAAGUAAAAAAUCAGAAGAUCUAAAAGCUGCAAAUGAAUUAAUCAAAUCUAUGGUCCAAGAAGUAUGUCAUGCAUUAUCAUGAAUAUUUACUACAUUUUAAAAUCUAUUAAUUUUUUUUUUUUAAACAAUAUACCUACUAUUACAUUAAAUUUUAAUAAAUUCUGUUUAUAGACAAAUCAAACAUCAAGUUCUUAUUUUGUUAACAUUGUUCAAAAAAAACAUAUUAGUGUUUGGUUUUUUUUUUUUUAAUAUUCUGUGGUGUCUCACUAUUAUAAUUAUUGAAAUGAACCUUUUGUGCUGUAGAAUUUGUUCAAUCUUCAAAGAAAAAGUGAAAAUACAUGGCGUGAAACAUUUUUAAAUGCAAAUUAUAAUAAAAUAUAAAUGGCAAUAGCAGAAAAUAUUAUUACAAUGUAUAUUUGUGUCAUUGCUUAUCUAUCAUUCAAGUUUAUGUUUAUUUUAUUCUAUAUAUUUAUUAUGUUUUGCAUUUAAAAAGUAUUUUUACAACUGUACUCUUUAAUAAACACAAUUAUCUAUGGAUCUUAAAUUAUUUCUAUCAUAUUUCAAUAUAGGAGGAACAGAAAGCAGAAAAAAUGAGUAAUAUGUUAACUGAUAUUGAAAUAACAUCAAACAAUGUAAAGUUACUAUCAGAGAUGCUCAAGUCAUAUUGUGGUUCAUCAAAUGAUUUGGAACUUAUCAAAGAAUUGUAUAAUACUGUAAAACAAUUGGAACCGAAAGUUCAAGCAAUGUUAUCCCUAGAAAUUCCUGAAAAUGAAGAUACUGUUAGUAAGUAUUUUACCGUGAUUUUCUUUUAUUAACAUUUUGUGUUACUUAUAAUAAUACAUUAGAUGCCUAUAAUAUAGUUUUAUAUGUUUUGUUUAAAUGGAUAUUAAAAUAUUAAAAAUGUGUUUAUUUAUUUUUGUCAGGAAAAAUAAUUAAGCUAAAUUAUGAAGUUCAUGAAACAUUAAAAACAUACAAUAAUGUUUUAGAAAAUCCUAUUCUUAUAAAAUCAGAUUACCAGAAAAAUGAAGAAAAUCUAUUAGAUUUCAAUGUAUCAUCACUUUCACCAGGUACUUGAAAGAUUUAAGUUUAUAUUUUUUUAAUUAUAUCAAAAGGUUAUUCCAUAAUAGUGUUUAUUAAAUGUUUCUUUGAUUUUAUAAUAUGGUAAAACCAUCAAUAUUUAUUUUAAGUGAUACUUGUAUCAUGAUUUAACAGUUUUCAGUUUCUAAAGAUACAUUUAGAACAGUGUUUCUUAAGCUUUUUGAGAUAACGGAAAUAGUAUGUCAUUGUUAAUUUUGAUUUUUCAUUACUGUUAUCCUUAAAUGAUUAAUUGUUUUAGUAAUUUGUAUUAAUUGUAUUAAUUCCUGAAACCCCUGUGAGUUAUUGGCGGAACACAGGGUUCUGCAGAACACAGUUUAAGAAAUGCUGAUAUAUUGCCAUUGUGUUACUAGUAGGUAGUUAGUAUAGUACAUAGUUUGGUUGUUGAUUUAGUUGAAACGUAUAUUCAUAUUAUUCAAAAUAUCAUUAUUGAAGUAAUUAUUAGUUAUAUACAUUUGAAACAUUACUAUUAUUAUAUGUUAUUGCAUUAUUAAUUUAAAUAUGAGACUAAAAUAAAUAUAUAUUAAUACCAGUCAAUAUUAAAAAGUAGGUACUAAAAUAUAAGUACUUUAAGAAUUUGAAAACUUCAUGGGAACUAUUUACAAAUUAAAAUAUUUUAACUAGUUUUUAUAUAAAAACAUAAUAUUCUAGAUUAUCAAAUUUGUUCAAAAUCGUUUAUGGAAUUAUAGUACAUUGUUUAAAGACAUUUAGAAACCAUGAAUUUAUUUAUAUAUUCAAUAACAUAUAUAAAUUGAAAUUAUAUAUAUUUAUAUGUUUUUUAGGAGAAAAAGACUUAUUGAGUGAAUCCAGUUGUGAGACAAAUAAUGGAUCAGCAAGUGUUAAGGAGUUGGAUGAUUUUUUACAAAUGUCAAUUCCUUUAAAAGCAUUCAUUCCUUCAAUACCAGGUAAAACUAAUCAAUAAUUAAAAAAUUGUCGUAUGCGCGGAUAUAACAUGUUAUAGGUAUAACAUUUUUCUGGAUUUAUAAAGUAAUUGAGUGCUGAGAAGUAAUUUCAAUCUAUUUUUAUGUUCUGAACAUUCCUAAGAUGUUCUUAUUGUUUAUAUUCAUCAUCUAUAAACAUGGAAAUUAGCUAUUGUUUUUUAUUUAAAUGUACUAUAUGCAGUCCAAAUAAUAUUUAAGAGAAAAUAUAAUAUUUUUUUUUAUUUUUUUUCAAUGUUAGACAAUGUAUGAAUUGCUACAUAGCAUGUUAUUCUCAUAUACCCCUCUAUUGUAUUUAAAAAAUUAAUAGUACCUAAAUUUUGUUGGUACCAAUAACAUUUUACUUAUAAUUGAAAACUUAUAUUUUCAAAUAAUAACAUAUUUUACUUUUGAAUGUUAAAUCCAUUUUUAGAACAGUCAAAUUCUCCUAAAAAGCCCACAGCAAUAAAAGAUGAUGUAUUAAAUUUAGACUUAUUUGAAGAGUUAAAUAUCCUUGGGAAAGUUAUUCUGAAUAAACCCAAUGAAACUAAAACAAUUGAAAAGUAAGUUUUCAUUCAAUUCUAUUACUUAAAACCUAUAUUGCUAUAAUUUAUUAGCAUAUUAUAACUAUUUCAAUAUAAUUACAUAUAUAUAAAGAACUUUAAGCUUGGAUGAAGAAGGUUUUAGUUCUGAUAAUGUAAAAAAAAAAAGUUUGUCGGAAGAAUCACCAUUGGACACAGAUGAUUCAAAAACUAUUUUACAACCAUUAAAUGACAAUUCUCUGUUAAAACCUCUUGGUGAAAUAACUAUUAAACUUGAAGACAUUGUUCCUAGUAAGUAUUCUAUGGUUAUAUUUGAUUAAAUUUAAAAACAAUAGUAAAUUUGUUUGCAUCUAAUAAUCUAAAACAAAAUAAAUAUUGUUUUUUCAAAAGUAUAUAUUUUUUAAAUUUAGUUGCUAUAUUUACCAUGUUGAUCUUAGUCAUAUUCUUUCUAUGUAUAUAAAAAAAAAAAAACGCUCUGACUGACUGACUGAUUCAUCAUUGCAUAACUCAAACAACUUUAUGGAUCGGGUUGAAAUUUAGCACACAGAUAACUAUUAUAGCGUAGGCAUCCACUAAGAAAGGAUUUUUAAAGUUUAACCUGUAAAGCGGUUAAAAAGUCUAAAAUCAGCAAAAAUGUAAAACAUUAUUUCUUACACUAUCCCUGAGUAAUAUAGGCUGUAUUUUAUCAAAAUAUUUCUUCCACUAGGGUUGUUUCUAAUAUAACACAUAAAUAUAAUUUUCUUUUUUUUGCUAAUUUCUAUUUGGUUAAGUUAGGUUGUUACAAUAUACGGACAGUACUGGGUAAGGACAGCUUUAGUUAAUAACAACCUAAGUAACUUUACCAUUAGUUUCCAGAUUUUACAAUAAGUGGUGCACAAGUCAUUAAAAAAAGGGGGUAAAAUGCACACAGUUGCAAGCAACAGCUAAAAUACAAAAUUACUUAUAUUUUUAGAUUACAAUUUUUAUAAAUAUUAAUUAACAAAUCUUUCAUAUGAGUGAAAUAUACUAGUAAUUCAGCUAGUAGGAUUACAUUUAUACACAAUUUUUUUGUUUUCAAGGAAAAUAUGUUGUCCUAAGGUGUUAUUAUAGACCAACAUCUUACCAUAAUAUAUCAUGACAUAACAUUUAGUGUGAUGUGAAUAUUCCUUUAUAUUGUUAUUGAAGCAUUUUAUAUUAUGAUAGAUUAGUUAAGUGAGGGAUUAAAAUAUUGUAUUAAUAUUUAGUAUAUAAUAUUAUGUGAAUGUGUUGGUACUUAAAAUAACAGUAACCGUUUAUAAUAAUUUGUUUAAAUGAUUUUAUCGUUCGAUUAAUAUGGAUAUAUUAAUUGAACCUUUUAAAUUUAGUUUGGCAAUGUAAUCAUUAUUAUUGCACAUUAUAUUUAAUUUUAGACACUUUAAAUAUAUUUAGAAACCAAAAAUUUAGAAUGCUCUUAGAGUGUGGUAUUCUUUAUUUAUUUAAUGAUAUUUUAGGUCCUGAUUCAGUUGUUGUAAACCUAUUUGAUAAAAAUGGUAUUAGUACAGAAUUACAUUUAGCAGCAAAUAAACCAAGAGAUGAUGUUACAGUUUUUGUUGUAACGACUAGAAGCAAAUGUAAACAGCAAUUGAUUAAUUUUUUAUUUCAACCCGUCGUUCCCAAAGUAAAAUAUUGUAUGAAAUUAAGUCUGUACUCUUUGAUUAUUCAAAUAUUUUUUUUUUUUUAGGAUUGUAGAUUACGUAUUUUACCUCCAUCAAGAAAUAAUCUCCCUAUUUAUAAUGCAUUUUUACCUCAAGAAACAAUUGUACAAAUUAUUCUUGUUGCAACUCGUAAUAAGGUUAGACAUUUGUAUAAAUUAAAGUUAUUUACAAAUAAUAAUUUUGUUUGUAUUAUGUUAAAGCAAUUCAUCCCAUUCAAAUAUGUAAUAAGUUAUACAAUGGACAAUGAAAUGUUUACUGAAUUUGGCGAAAUUGAACAGUUCUACAUAAAUGAAUAAAUCCUCAUAAUCUAUUGUGAUCUCAAAAAACUUUUCCUAAACUUGGAGUAUUAUAAAAUGUAUCUUUUUAAUCAAAUCAUUUUUUUAUAUAUAUACCAUCAAGUAGUAAUUUGUGUUUUUCAUUAACUAUAAUUUCAAUAAAUGCAUCCUGUUGUUAUUUUUGAACUAUUUAUUUUAAUAUUAAUGUGGGCAUAAAAAAUAACUUAUAUCUUAAAUCAUAAACUAGUCAUUUGAAAAUUGUAAAAUAGUCAAAAUAAUAAAAUUAAUUUUUUGUGAUCUGUUAAAUUAAUAACUAUUUUUGUUUAAUAAAUAUUGGAUAUUAUUGAUAAGCAUUAUAUUUUUAUUAACUAAAUGAUAAAAAAAAAAAUUGAACUGAAUUUGCAUAUUUUGUGUUAUAUAACAAUAUAUUUGGUUUUAGUUAUUAAUUAGUAAUUUAUAUUAUCUAUUUACUACCUUGAGAAUAUUGAUUAUUAAAAUUAAAAAUAUUGAAUUUGCAAAUUACAAUACCCAUAAGUUUAUUUGCAAUACUCUAUUCAAUCAACCAUAAUGCAUGUUCUUAUAUAUUUUUUAAAAGUUGUCAUUAUUUUUGAUUUUGGGUUUUAAAUAAAAUAUAGUUUAUGCAAUAUCUAUUGAAAUUGAAAUUAAUAAUUUUAUCUCAAUGUAUCUAACUAGAUUUAUUAAAUUUGUUUUUUUUGUGUUCAGAGUGGUAGAGGCUAUUGUACAGCAUUAAACUGGAAAGAAAAUUACAAUGGGAUGAUGCAGGAACUUAUAUGAUAGUGUUGAAAUUGAUUUUAUAAUUUACUGUUAAAUUGUAUAUAAUUAUAUAAAUAUAAUUGUUUUUUUAUAGUAUACAUAUACAAUAAUGUUUUUAUUUAAUAUUUACAGAUUUUGUGCUUGUGAUGUUAAACUAACAUAUGAUCACAACAAAAUAAAUAUGAGUACCUAUUCUAUUAGUUGUUUUAUACAUUUUGAGAAGAGU